AUGCCGUCAGCCAAACACCCAGGGGCUUCGGACCUCGAGAUCCUCAAUGAGCCUGACUGGACGCGGACACAUAGCCACCGUGUCGGAACUCGAGGUCGGGAUGCCCGGUUUAUGGGAGUGACGCACGGAGGGGACGAGCAUUACGAUGAGCUUGAGGAAGUAGAUGAAAGGAUCCAAGAGCUGCGCGAGAAGGUGGCCAGGGGAGAAUUGGUCACCGUUCGUGACAUUAUGACCGACCAAAAGGAUUUUCAUUUAAACCGACCUGAGGUUCAUCCUGAAUACUGGCGAUAUGUUUUGCAUACCACCGAGAGCUUUAUCAAGUAUGCACAACCGUGGCCCAUAAACCAGAAGGCAAAGGCUGAGGAGGAGGGAAAGGUAGAUGAACCGGGCAAAAAAGAGGAGGAGAAGAAGAAGGCGAAGCCUAAACCUACACCAGAGGAAGAGGCGCUUUUACAGUUCCUUCGACAUGAACAACAGACCCGAACAUCCAUGCAAACAAACGAUGGUAAAGGGAACUGUCCGAUUCGCGAUGAUAACCUGCCAGAGAAAAUUGACGAAGCGGAUCAGUUUUCUCCUGAUAAUUGGAUUCCUCGUAGCGACCAGUUGAUACGUCUGACAGGCAAACAUCCGAUGAACGCAGAAUCUGACUUAACUGCUCUUUUUGAGGCUGGAAUUAUUACUCCUUCACCAGUUCAUUAUGUCCGGAAUCACGGUGCUGUUCCACAUCUAUUAUGGGAAAACCAUGAACUGGAGGUAAUUGCUGACCAACAUUUAACUUAUUCAAUGGACGACCUAAAGCAGUCCUUCGACAGUAUUAACAUACCCGUCUUUUUGGCCUGUGACGGAAGCCGCCGAAAGGAACUAAAUAUGAUCAAAAGAACUCGAGCGUUCAAUUUCACAGGUGCUUCUGCGAGCUGCUCCUACUGGAAGGGAGUUCUUCUCCGUGACGUUCUCUUGAGGGCAGGAGUGGAAAGUCUUUUGAAGAAAAGCCCCAACAAAAGAUUAUGGGUCAACUAUGAGGGGGCGGAUGAGCUUAGUGAAGGCAAGUAUGCCACCUGUGUCCCGCUCGAAUAUGCCAUGGAUCCUAUCAAUGAUGUGAUGCUUGCGUACGAAAUGAACGAUCAUCCAAUCCCGCCUGACCAUGGAUACCCCCUGCGACUAAUACUCCCCGGCUGGGUGGGAGCACGAUCUAUCAAGUGGCUCGCCAAGAUAUGGGUGACAGAGAAUGAGAAUGACAGUCACUAUCAUAUCUACGACAACAGGCAACUCCCAAGUUUUAUAACAGAUACUGAAUCUGAGAUUGCACAGUUGAUGUAUCAUCAUCCUAGCACUAUCUGCAACGAACAGAUGUUGAAUUCCAUCAUAGUAAAACCGGCUCAGGGGGAAAAGAUUGACCUGGUUGAUGUCAAGAAGGGAACUAUGUAUAGGGUUGCGGGAUUUGCCUAUAGUGGAAGCGGAGAUGAAAUUGAUAAGGUAGAGAUCAGUCUAGACGGUGGAAAGACCUGGCUUUACUGUUCUCGCAGAUACCCUGACAAGCCAAUUCGGCACGGCAAAAAGUUCUGGACCUGGUUGCACUGGCAUGUCGACUUAGACUUAACUAAGCUCAUCCGUGCACAAAGCAUUCUAGUUCGGGCGUUUGACUCACACAAAAACACACAGCCCCGAGAGCCAGUGUGGAAUAUUGCAGGAAUGAUGAACAACUGUUGGUACGAAGUAAAGCCCGAGGUUUUUGAUAGUCCAGAGGAUGAGGAAGCAUAUCUACUAUUCCGCCACCCUGUUGACGCAGGUAGUGGGACGAAUGGUUGGAGGAAACCGUCCACAGAGGAGCAGAUGGAAGAGAUCAAACGUAAUGCCAGCUCCCCUGAGAAGCAGUUCACUCGACAAGAGAUUGAAAAGCACCAUACCGAAAAUGACUGCUGGAUCGUUGUAAAUGGCAACGUAUAUGAUGCAACGAAAGUCCUUAGCUGGCACCCAGGAGGUAAGGGGGCUAUCAUGGCGCAUGCUGGGGCUGUGCACUGGGAUACCACUGAGGAAUUCAGCAGUAUACAUGACGAUUACGCCCAAACUAAGCUCAAAGAGUGUAUCCUAGGUAAGGUCACGCAAAAAGCCAUGGAUCACAUGAAGAAAGAUGCGGAACAGAAGAAAAAGGAACGGGAAAAGUUGAAGGAUAGGGACUCCAAGGUUGCCCUAGAUAAUCACAGAUGGGUUCAAGCAAAACUCGUUGUCAAGAAACCCCUCUCUACAGAUACAAGGCGGUACACGUUUAAGCUCCCCCCUGAAGCGAAAGAGCUCGGCUUAAAAACUGGCCAGCAUGUCCAAGUCGGAUUUCAUUUCAAGGACAGCCUUGUUGUUCGCCCCUAUACCCCCGUCCGCCCUAUCUCAAACGAGGAUUAUGAUGGGACGUUUGAUCUUGUCGUAAAGACAUACUUCCCAAACAAAGACCAGCCAGGCGGCACAAUGAGCAAUAUCCUUGACUGUCUUCGUGACGGUGAAGAAAUUGAAGUUAAAGGCCCGUCGGGCGAGAUAAAUUACCACGGCAACGGUUGUUUCAGUGUCGAUGGCAAGGAGUAUAAUUUCGACAAAGUCUCCCUCAUAUUGGGCGGAUCCGGAGUCACUCCCGGCUACCAGGUCAUUGCAAAGAUCUUAAGAAAUGGCAAUGAUAAAACAAAAAUUAGGGUUAUCGAUGGAAACAAGACAGAAGGUGAUAUCCUGCUGCGAGAAGACCUGGAUGAGUUCGCUGAGAAACAUGGAGAUCGAUUUGAGAUUGUGCAUGUCCUUUCUGCCCCCAGCAAUGACUGGAAGGGACUAAAAGGUCACAUCAACGACGAUAUCAUCAGGAAACAUUCGUUUGAACCGGGUGAGAAGAACGUUGCUCUGCUUUGUGGUCCACCAGCGAUGAUCCAGAAAGCCGUGUUGCCUGCUUUGACAAAAUGGGGGUAUAAGGAAGAUGAGAAUCUGUUCGGAUUCUAG